GUGAAUAUUGGUGGGUUGCUCUAUAUAUACCUGUCCAGGUACUGCACACCUGCACUAAACAGCCCCCGUUCUCAGGUGCAAGUGCAUCAAAUCCAAAGCCGGUUAGCAAAAGCCUUCACAGGCAUUGUGAUGCAUAAGAUGAGCUCCUUGGACAACGACAUCAACCAACACUUCCAGGAUGCAAUUGAUGUGAUUCAAAGGCACUCCAGCAAUCCAUAUGAUGAUCCAGAGUUUAAGUACUACGAGGCGUCACAGUCUACUGUUCGUCAGAGUAUCACCGAAUACCCAAUCACACAUUCCUCUGACUUACAUUAUGACUGGUAUCAGACAACUUAUCACAUGGAUGUGAACCAUCUGACUCACGUAGUCCCCGAUGUUUCGCUGAGUCCCUCUGUGAUGGUGGAGUCUGCACAGAUGUACUCCAUCUUGCCCCCACUGAGAACUGGGAAAGGUCGUAAAAAGCUCCGUCUUUAUGAAUACCUACAUGAAGCACUUCAUGACACCAACAUGGUGGACUCCAUCCAGUGGACCGAUCAUGGCAGUGGAACCUUCCACUUCAUCUCCAAGAACAAGGAGAAGCUAGCAGAGUGCUGGGGACAGCGCAAGGGUAACCGCAAGACCAUGACCUAUCAGAAGAUGGCACGGGCACUACGCAACUAUAGUCGCACUGGCGAGAUUGUGAAAGUGCGGCGCAAACUCACUUACCAGUUCAAUCCUAUGAUCCUCCAAAGGCUUGGAAACACACACACCCCUGGACAUCCCUCUGGGCACAUUGGACGAGACAUGCACCUCCAUUACCACCACCACCACCAGCAGCAACAUGCCCCACUUGAGCAGGGCUACUAUCCCGGUUCUGUAGCACCUGAGUGGCCGAGCGGGUACGGACACUUCCCCCACCAGGUAGACUGUGAUCUAGGCACUGGCUUCUUGUCACGCAGUGUCACCAAGGUGUAAGCCUCAAGCACUGUGGAGACAAAAACACUUGAGACACUUUGUAAACUAACAAUUUGAUCUUUUUAUGGGUGCCUAAUGUUGGCCUGCUCACCCUGAGUAAUUGUCUUGGAAGUCAUGGUAAUGCAAAUGAUUUACUGUGAAAAUGUUUAACAUCCAGUCCACUCAUACUUACCUUCAUCUAGAAGAGUUGUGGACCAGUCAUAAGCAAUGUGUGUAGAUACAGUAAAAAGCGAAAUGUUUUUUUUAUUUUUUUUAUAGCUAAUAAUUACAGUAUUUCUGCAAUUUACAUUUCAAUAAAAAUGUCCAAACAA